UUUCAGAUGAAAAAUUAGAAAAAAAUCUUAAGAAUUUUACAAAAGAAAAAAAAAUAUAAAAAGCAAAAAAAGCAGAAUCGCCUCUUCCCUUUGUCGCAGAGAACGGACCACACAAGCUUUACCUGUUGUCACAUAUAAUCUCAUUUCAGAAAGCUCCAAAAGUGAGCCAUAAUAGCUUGGUUUUCUCUCCAUUUCUCAAGUUCAUUUACAUAUUCUGUUAAUUUUCUGAGUUGGGAAUUUAUGAAAAGAAAUUUUUCUUCAGAAACGCGAAGACCCUUUGUUGGAAUCCAUGGAUAUUUUACUAAGAACACAUAGCAAGCUUGAAUUUUUGCCUCAACUCCAUGGGUUUUCUGAGAAAGCUUCUAACUUGAGCUCAGUUGGGAUUCAUUCCCAGGAGCUUAAGUUUGGUCCCAAGAAGUCCUAUUUGAGAAGAGGUAGGGAUAAUGGUUGUGUUAAAAUUAAGGCGAGUAAUAGUGCUCUUUUGGAGUUGGUACCAGAAACUAAGAAGGAAAAUUUACAGCUUGAGCUUCCUAUAUAUGAUCCAUCAAAAGGCACUGUGGUGGAUUUGGCUGUUGUGGGAGGUGGCCCUGCAGGUCUGGCUGUUGCCCAGCAGGUUUCACAGGCGGGGCUCUCAGUAUGCUCAAUUGACCCGUUUCCGAAAUUGAUUUGGCCUAAUAACUAUGGUGUUUGGGUGGAUGAAUUUGAGGCUAUGGAUUUGCUUGAUUGCCUUGAUACAACCUGGUGUGGUGCUGUUGUGUACAUUGAUGACAGAAAAAAGAAAGAUCUUGAUAGACCCUAUGGAAGGGUUAAUAGGAAGCAGCUGAAGUGGAAAAUGUUGCAAAAGUGCAUAUCUAAUGGUGUGAAAUUUCACCAGGCAAAGGUUAUUAAGGUUAUUCAUGAGGAGUCAAAAUCUUUAUUGAUUUGCAAUGAUGGUGUCACAGUUCAGGCUACUGUUGUUCUUGAUGCAACUGGAUUUUCUAGGUGCCUUGUUCAGUAUGAUAAGCCCUAUAAUCCUGGCUACCAAAUGGCCUAUGGGAUUUUGGCUGAGGUGGAAGAACACCCAUUUGAUGUAGAUAAGAUGGUUUUUAUGGAUUGGAGAGACUCACAUCUUAUCAACGAUAAGGAGUUGAGAAAGAGAAACAGUAGAAUCCCCACAUUUCUAUAUGCAAUGCCCUUCUCGUCAGACAGAAUAUUUCUGGAGGAAACUUCUCUAGUUGCUCGACCUGGAGUGCCUAUGGAUGAUAUCAAGGAGAGAAUGGUGGCUAGGUUAAGGCACCUAGGCAUAAAAGUGAAGAGUAUUGAAGAGGAUGAGCAUUGCGUUAUUCCAAUGGGUGGGCCCCUUCCAGUGCUACCCCAAAGAGUUGUGGGAAUUGGUGGCACAGCUGGGAUGGUGCACCCUUCAACAGGGUAUAUGGUAGCAAGAACUCUUGCAGCUGCUCCAAUUGUUGCAGACUCCAUAGUUCGGUGCCUUGAUCCAGGAACAAACUUUUUGGGAAACAAAUUGUCUGCAGAAGUGUGGAGAGAUUUAUGGCCCAUAGAAAGAAGGAGGCAAAGGGAAUUCUUCUGUUUUGGCAUGGAUAUUCUGCUUAAGCUAGAUUUACCAGCAACAAGAAGGUUUUUUGAUGCAUUUUUUGAUCUGGAACCCCGCUAUUGGCAUGGAUUCUUGUCAUCUAGGUUGUUUCUUCCUGAGCUCAUAGCUUUUGGGCUUUCUCUCUUCUAUCAUGCCUCUAAUGCUUCUAGGUUAGAGAUUAUGGCUAAGGGAACUCUGCCUUUGGUGAACAUGAUUAAUAAUUUAGUGCAGGAUAGAGAAUAAGAUGAUUAGGAUAUUAUUUGUUGCAUGCUUAAGUUGCGGAGUUUUCCCCUUAAAUGUUGAUAAUAAACUGUGAAUUGUUGUUUUAUAUAAUCAUGUUAGUAAAGUUACAAGGAAAAACACUCUAAUUUCUUGUAGAAAAUAACAUUAUUAGAUUCAUUGAUAUCUUCAUUCAUGUACAUAAAUAUGUUGAUCUAUCAGGCCAUUUUUUGACAUCCUGCAUUUUGCUAGAAGUCUUGCCCAUUUAUUUAGCAAUGGUUUUUCAUUAAUCAACAAUUGCUCUCUCGAAGAUUUGCUAGUAGGAGCAAGAAGCAAGUAAAGAUAUGGGAAUGUUGUGUCAUAUAUUGUGAACGGAGAUGUUAGAAUGCAUCAGUAUGGUUUUGAUGCUAUCAGGCAUUGUUAAUCAGUAUCAUCAGUGUCCAACUUUGAGAAAGAUACAAAGGCAUGGUAUAUAAAAAUGAUGCUGUUGGCGGAAACUGCAGCCUGGAAGUAUGGGAAAAUACUUGUUAAAUUGCAUUGCUUUAAUUUGGAAGAUGUAGUUGUGGUAAUUGCAGUUAAGUUUGCUUGUCUUGUCAUCAACACAGAUGUGCCAUGAAUAUCUAGCUUGUUAAAUGCAAAACAGGGAUGGCUCUACUAUAAAUAUAUGGAUGUCUUCAUUUCUUGUGUUCCAUAGAUUUGGAGAUAUUCUUCUAUGUUGGCAAACAAAUUGAUUCGGGCAAUGUUGUAUGCAUUUGCUUGUAAGGUAAUUUGAAAAGUAUGUCUGGGGUACAAACAUUGAUAGGAAAUUGGUUUUACAUUAUCACUAAAGUGAUACUAGUGGAUUCCAAUUCUGCAACAGCAUGGGAAGGCGGUUUCUGCUGUGUGCUUAUUCGUGACCAACAUCGAGGAAAGGGGUAUAUGAAUGCCUUAGAUCUAGACUUAAGACUUGGAUAAGCACAAGUCUCCAGAUCCAAAGCCUAGAAUCCUUGCCCUGCGUGUUGUCUAGCAGCCUUCAUGUUUUGAGCAUAGCUCAUUCUUGGCUGCCACAAACAUAGAAGAAAAUUU